AUGACAUCUCAACUACUACUUUUAUUUUCGGGGAAGGAGACUCGAAUAAGGUGUUCACGGUUCACCAUCACACCCAAAGAUGAGGCACGUGUGUACGGCAUUCCUCUGGGUGGGGCUGUGAUUGAUGUGAAGAACAUUGAGUGGAAGAUUCUCAACAGUUUCAUGGACGGUGUCGGAAUUAAUGGUAACAGGAGCCACAAUGUUAAAAUCAUGAAGCUGUGGGAUUUGGCCAUUCCAACAAAAGGUCCUAGACCACCUGUUGCUAUGGUUGUCAAACAAUUCUUGUUGCUAGCGACUGGUUCAUUGCUCAUGCCAACAUUUGCUCAGAUGUGUCAUCUGGACUUUGCCCCAUACACAUAG